AACCAACAAUAUAUUCAUUAAUAAGUAAUAAUCAAGAGUAAGGCAGGUCCCCAUAGUGGCUGGUGGGUGGGGUGGAGGACCUUCACAGAGAGCUGUCAGACUCCCUGAGGAUCACCUUCCUGUUAAUUGUGUGGUUAUAGUGUGAAGUAUGAGGGUCACAUGUUUGCACUGUCACCUUCAAACCACCAACCACAUGUCGCCCUGCACGUCUCAUGAACAACGUUACCAGAUUUCACUGCUGCAGGGUCACACACUGAUAGGUUCAGCUGUUAGAUGGAGGAUUAAAAAAGGUUCUCAAACAUGAGACUUUCGUUUUGUGUCCAUGUUUUAGUCAGUAAAACGUCAUUUUAACAAAGAUAAAAACAGAAUAAUCGACACCAAAUGUGGACUGGCUCUGUCCUAUAUACUGUAUAUCCCCGUUUACGCUGCAGGAAGACAGAAAGAGAGAGAGGGAGGGAGAGUCAAAGAGACGUUAAAGUGAGAGAGAGUCUUCAUCCUGCCGUCUCAGUUGGAUUAUGGCUCGGAGGAGGAUGGAAACCAAACCGGUGAUCUUCUGUCUGAAGUCGCUGCUGCUGCUCUACUCCUUCAUCUUCUGGGUGACAGGUGUGGUCCUGCUCUCGGUGGGGUUAUGGUGGAAGUUCAUGUUGGGCCCCUACAUGUUGUUGAUCUCCAACGGCCCCUCCAACGCUCCGUACGUCCUCACCGGCACCGGAGCCUUCAUCGUGGUGUUCGGCCUGUUCGGCUGCUUCGCCACCUGCAGGGGGCGCCCCUGGAUGUUAAAACUGUACGCCGUGUUUCUGUCUCUGGUCUUCAUGACUGAACUCAUCGCUGGAAUCUCUGGAUUCAUCUUUCGCCACGAGAUUAAAGGAACUUUCCUCACGACGUACAGCGAGGCUGUGAUGAGAUAUGACGGACGAGAUGACAGGAGUCUGGCUGUGGACGGCGUCCAGCGUAGAUUGCACUGCUGUGGAGUUUAUAACUACACCAGUUGGCUCAGCAGUGUGUAUUUCCCCGUCAGCGGGAUUCCUGCCAGCUGCUGCGUUAGUUUCUCCGACUGCAGCGGAGCCGACCUGAAGAACGCAACUCUGGCUGCACAGAAAGUCUAUAAACAGGGUUGUUAUGAGUUGGUGACGUCCUUCAUAGAAGGCAACAUGGGAAUCAUCGCUGGAGUUACCUUCGGCAUCGCCUUCUCUCAGUUGAUAGGGAUGUCUUUGGCCUGCUGUCUGUCUCGCUUCAUCAACGCCAACCAGUAUGAGAUGGUCUAACAGGAAAGAGGCGAGGAUGCACGUCACCAUGGAAACACACAGAGCAUCUUGCACCAAACCUGUCGACAUUCCUCUUCUGUUUAUUUUUGAGGCUGUGAAAAACAUCCAACGUUUUUGCCCUUUUUUUUUUUCUUUGGUUUUGUUUGUUUUUGUUUGAUUGUUUGUUUGUUUUUUGCUCUCUUGAAGCUGAUUGGUUAACUCUUAAAUCUAUUGACAUGUCAAUCAAGUCGCUUAUAUAAUAAAAAAACAUUUUUACAUUCAUGAUGAUUCAGAACAGAUUCAGAAUCAUCUCAUGGUGCCACAUAGAGGCGUCAAACUGAAACAAUCCCCUUAUUUUUUAAAAAUUUUAAGUUUUUAUGAAGUUGGAAUAAUGUUUCUGUCUGAAUGAAGUCAACAAAAUGCUGCUCUAGACCCCCAGGAACCAGACCCCCCCCACAUGGGGAUUUGUGUGUUCUGCAUCAUCACUGAAUGUUGUGGCUCUGCGGUCCUUUAUUUAUGUGUUUGAAAGUCUGAUGAGGACAGUGUGAUAUGUUUGAAAGCUCCAGAACAACUACUAAAUGGACCGUGAAGAUUGUUAAGAUUGUAUUUUAGUCUGUUUUGUGCUCACUUGGUGGAUAUUUCUAAAUACAUUUGUCUGUUGUGGGUCAGUAGGUGAAUCUGACCUGUUUUUACUUACAGUAUUUUAUUUAUGUGUGUCCAGGUGUUAUCACAGUGUUUUGUACAGUAGGUGUGACUCUGUACGGCAAGCAGCAGGUCCAAACUCUGUUCCACUCUUGACUUUUUCCCCCGUUGGUGUUUUCAGUGGACUCAGCGUCAGGGAUGACUGUAUGUGACACUUUCAUUAAACAGUAAUUUAAUUGAUUGUCUUUACAAUAUACAAUGUUUUUCAGUGGGAAUAGUGUGUUAAUAUUGUAACAAGUAAUGUGGUGAAAAAUAAAACAGGAAAACAACUGGAGGAUCUGUUU